AGUUUUUUACGUCAAUAUGCGUCAGCCAGGGUAGUAAUGAUUCCUCUUGCAACGACCGGGACCUUGGAACCUUAUUUCCCUUUUGUUGCCUCUUAGAUCGGGGUUGAAACUAUCCAGUUUCCCGCCCUCCACCCACCAUUUUUUGAAUUUUUGUUCCUUUACCCCCCCCCCCCACCACAAACCUUCCCCUUAAAGUAUCCUCUUACCACUUCAUAGAUCCUGUUUUGUUUUAAAAAUUAAUACUUUUUUUUUGCUUCCCUUCCUUCUCAACACACACACGCGCGCACACACAUGAGAGAAACUAACUUCGGUGUGUUUGUUGUUGUGGGUCCUGUGUUGUGUAUAUGAGUGCAGUAGCUGUUUUAUACCGGCUCCCAGCAUGGUAAUGGCGGAUUGCCCGAGUCAGCUGCAUCGGGCGCCUGUGCGGGUGGGUUUCUACGAUAUCGAGCGCACUUUAGGCAAGGGGAAUUUCGCCGUCGUCAAACUGGCGAGACACCGCAUCACCAAAACUGAGACUGCUGGGCACUUUCACCUCACUUCAAGGAGAUGUAUGGGAUUAGCUGGUUGUGUUCAGAUCAGGAUGUCUGGACCCUCAGCAAGACUGAACUGGAGUGUGAUUUUAGUUGCAAUAAAAAUCAUUGACAAGUCUCAACUGGAUGCUGUGAACUUGGAGAAGAUCUACAGAGAAGUACAAAUCAUGAAACUUCUGGAUCAUCCACACAUCAUCAAACUCUAUCAGGUGAUGGAGACCAAAAACAUGCUGUAUCUUGUGACUGAGUACGCUAAGAAUGGAGAGAUUUUUGAUUAUCUGGCAAACCACGGCCGGCUGAGUGAGCUGGAGGCCAGGCGCAAGUUCUGGCAGAUCUUGUCGGCAGUGGAAUAUUGCCACAACCGCAAAAUCGUCCAUCGGGAUCUGAAAGCUGAGAACCUUCUGUUAGACAGCAAUAUGAAUAUUAAGAUAGCAGAUUUUGGGUUUGGUAAUUUCUACAAACCCGGAGAACCCUUGGCCACGUGGUGCGGCAGCCCACCGUACGCAGCUCCAGAGGUUUUUGAAGGACAGCAGUAUGAGGGACCACAACUGGACAUCUGGAGUCUCGGUGUGGUCCUCUAUGUGUUGGUCUGUGGAGCCUUACCAUUUGAUGGCCCAACGCUCCCCAUCCUGAGGCAGAGGGUUCUGGAAGGCAGGUUUAGAAUCCCAUACUUCAUGUCAGAAGACUGUGAACACCUUAUUCGACGUAUGCUGGUCUUAGACCCUUCUAAAAGACUUACAGUCGCCCAGAUAAAGGAGCACAAGUGGAUGCUGACCGAGGUGCCAGUACAGCGACCGAUUGUAUAUCCUCAAGUGACUGAAACUGAAUCAGCCAUGGGAGAAUACAAUGAGCAAGUUCUACGACUGAUGCACAGCCUAGGGAUUGACCAGCAGAAAACCAUUGAGUCUCUACAGAACAAGAGUUAUAAUCAUUUUGCUGCUAUUUAUUAUCUGUUGGUGGAGAGGCUCAAGUCUCACAGAAGCAGUUUCCCUGUGGACCAGAGACUUGAUGUGCGUCAGCGACGACCAAGCACAAUAGCUGAACAAAGUGUUGCCAAGGCAAAUCCUGUCAUGCCCCAGGUGAACCUGCUGCCUCAGAACGUCAGGCUGUUGAGGUCCCCUCUCCUGCCUCAAUCUGCUGCUGUGGACACGUUCUCCUUCCUGCAGACUGGAUGCCAGCCGGAAUUAGGCUUCAUGGAAGAAGAUGUCAACACUCCUAAGGUAAAUGGUUGUCUUCUGGACCCUGUGCCUCCUGUAAUGGCAAGAAAAGGAUGUCCACCAUCUCCUAGCAACAUGAUGGAGACAUCCAUCGAUGAGGGAAUAGAGACUGAGGAUGACUCGGAAGAGGACCCCGCCCAGGUGUACGCAUCAUUUCAGGCAAUGCGCUGUGGCCAGAGGCGGCACACUCUGGCUGAAGUGACCAACCAGCCAAUGGCAAUGCCAAGCACAGGGAAACUGUACACUGUAGGCAAUAAUCCAUCCUUGGGGAGCGUCGAUUCAGAAUACGAUAUGGGAUUGAUGCACAGUGAGCUCAAUAUUCUCGAGGAUACACCAUGCCCGAAAGAUGUCGUUCUUCUCAACCAACCAACAGCACGAAUGACUCCUCCACUGAUUGGCAUCAGGCCACCAAACCCAGCAAUGGAGGCAUUGACUUCCCAGAAACGCGAGGUGCAUAACCGGUCACCAGUCAGCUUCCGGGAAGGCCGAAGGGCUUCUGAUACAUCUUUAACACAAGGUAUUGUAGCCUUUCGCCAGCAUCUUCAGAAUUUGGCCAGGACCAAAGGGAUCCUAGAGCUCAACAAGGUCCAGAUGUUGUAUGAACAGCUGGGAUCAGAUGAGGAUCCUGAUGGGUCACCAGCACCACAUUUACAGAGUCUUCUCACUGGUCACCAUCAGGAUGAAGCAUCUCAUCAGCAAGAAAAUGUAGCAUUAUUCCCGAAUGGAGUUCAUCCACACGUUUUGUCACGUCGCCAGAGCCUGGAAACACACUAUUUGCAACACCGAUUGCCGAACCCAAGCUUACUGAACAACGCACAAAACAGCUGCCCACUGUAUUGCAAGGAAGCCCCCAGGAGUCUGGAGCAGCAACUCCAAGAACACAGGUUACAGCAGAAACGGCUGAUUCUCCACAAACAGUCGCAGCUCCAGGCAUACUUUAACCAGAUGCACAUUGCAGAGGGUUCGUACCCACAGCGAGCCCAGCAGAUGCCCUUACCUCAUCCUGAAGCCCAGCAGCAGCAGCAGUUCGGCAUGGCCCAACCUCUGAGCCCAGUGCCGGAGCCCUCCGAACAGAUGCAGUGCGAACCCUUCCUCAGCCAGCAGUACAAGCUUCAGCUGUCACUGCAACAAACGGCACCAGGCCAGCAGCCCACCCCGCCUCCACUUCAGUCCCAAGCUCACCUUGAGCCACCGCAGCAACAAAUCCUUCAGUACUCCUACCAGGCCUGUGAAAUUGUGGGAGCCACCCCUCCAGAACCCAGCUACCCUGAACACUGUCCGUACACUCUGGGCCAAACCCCGCAGGCUGCCUUGACCUUGCCUGAAAGCCAGGCAUGCGGUGCUACUUCUGAUUCACCAACCACCUACAAGAACAUCACCAUCCCUGAGCUACCAGGACUUUUUGACUGUGAGAUGAUGGAGACAGUUGAUACCCAACACGGAGGUUAUGUCCUCGUGAACUGACUUCAGUCUUUUUAGUUUUCUGUUCAGUGUUAUUUCACCAAGAAAGAAGGGAUGAAGAGAACAGGGGUAAUAAAGAGGAAGUCAGUUUAGUUUGUAUAUUCAAGAAAACACUAAAGUUGAUGACCUUUCCUCCUUAAAGCAUUAAGCGGAGAGAAUAAAAAUCAACAGUGUAGAAUUGGCUUGGGCCUGUUCUCAAUUGUUGAUGUAGCUGUGCUGUGGUCCUUUUGGCCCUCGUGGGUGCUGAGAAGAAUGAAAGGGGCAGGAGAGGCGACUCUUAAAGGAGCAAACGCACUUUCCCAAGGAUGGUACCACCUAACCAGACCAGACAAUAAGCACAUAACACUAAAUAGGAAGGAGACAGAAGCAGAAUAAAGUGUAACUGUCUCUGACAACACAGCAAUAUGUCAACAGAGGGGGAGAAAAAAAAACUGGAGUUGUUGAAGAGCUUUGAAAUUCCUGAGAACGGUAUUACCAUCCAAGUUAAAGAUCCUCAUUAUUCACUGAACAUCCACUCACCUCCCACAAACCCCGGCCAUUGCCAUCAGCUUGAACUGCCUGGAGAAUGUAACACUUUCAAGUGGAGACAGUCCCCUCAAAGGGAGGAAAGCUCAUCUCCCUCUGAAGUCUGGCCAUUGUUUUCACUAAGUUGGAUGUUCACAAUGCCUGACACUUACAUUUCACACCAGAGGAUGAUCCUGGGUUGCAUUUAGCACGAGCAAGGAUGUAAUGUGGAAAUACAGAAGAAAAUUUUUAAAAAGUGCCUCCAACGGGGGCAUUUUAGCUGUGUACACCUCUGGGCUCUGGAGUGGUGAUUAAUGUGUUAGUAGUUGUUCAGUGUUUGCUUUUCAAGGAAUAACUCAUUGUAACUUUGAAUUUCAGAUAUGAGUUGCUGGUUGUUUAUUAAAAGCUUUGUACACUUUACCUAGGGUUUUAGAAGUUAUACAAGAAAUAAGCUUUUGAAACAAAAACCGUUGUGUGAAGUGUGAUAGUGCUGUGCCUUUUUGCUUCUUCUUAAUUUAAGAAAAACAAACACAUUUCUGGAAAACAAUUUGGAAAAUCAAUGCCCCAUUUAUACUCACAAGUUAACCAAAGUCACUUCAUAGUAAAUACUUCUGGUUCCACCAUGUGGAACCCAGGCCAAUGUUUUACUCUGUGUUCCUUUUUAAGUCAAUCUAUAUGUAAAGAGUAAAAAGCAAUAUUUAUUAAAUAUUUUCAAAUGACAUUUUGUACCAUACGUGUACCACGAUUGAUGUUUUGUGCACUGUCAGAAUAAUUUGACCUUCUCUUUUCCUUGUUGUAAUAUGAUAUUGUCAGGGAUUGAUGAAGUGCUGAUUUGACUAAAUUGGACGGCUAGCCCAGGCAGCCCUAUGAUUAUGCUUGUGGAAAAGAAGUUCUGCAUUCCACAGCCCCUCAAGGCUGUCAGUCCAUGGUGUUGGAUCAGUAUUUCACCACGAAGAUUUAGCAAUGUUGAAAUUACCAUGUAGAAGAUUGUACCUCAGCAUUUUCCCCUGAUACCCAUUGUUAAAUGGCUCAGCGAGCAGAAGGUUUGGUAAGCACACAAGGAGUUGUGCCUCCUGUACAAGUCACGCGGCAUACACUGUGUUUGUGUUUUUGUUUGUGAUGCUGUAAUGAGUCAGAUGGUCAAGAGCCACAGCAACUUUGCCAAGUUUGCAGCUUCACCACAAAGCAGGAACAUUGCCAGGAUUCAGAUAUGUUGCUUUUUUUAAAAUGUGUUGGAACACACCCAAAGGCAUCGUCCCACUUUUGCUGCCUUUCUCUUUGCUGUUGCUGUGUUUGUCUUCUUCCAUUUUCAUUUCUGUUUGCAUCUGUAUGUAAGAUGGCAGGUCAACGACAGACAGUCUGUCUCAUCCACGAUGCCCAACACUAAUGUCUUUCCAUUGCCAAUGAUCACCCAAAAGGUGAAGUGUGCAAAGUUUUGGUCUUCCAUCUCUGUUAUCUCACUACUUCCCCAUUCCCACCCGGUUAUAUUUCAUACCCUUUGAAAACCCUGCAGGCCAAAGUUUUCUUUGUGGUGGGGGAGAAUGUAUCUUUCUGACCUUUUUAGAAUGCUCUCUGCCCUUUCUCAACUAGAGAUCAGAUACAGUAACUCUUCCAUGGCUUGUACCAAUACUGUUUUAUGCCGACUACAGUGUGAAAGUCAUGUUGACUAAUGACAUUCUCCCUCGUUAAACAAGGACUUUUCAGUAUUCAACCUCAGUAUGGACCUGCUGAGACCAAUGAAACAGCCAGCCUCCAUUUUCCCCAACCACACAGCACUGGCAGUUACAAAUGGUCAAAUCCUACCUACGUAUUCAAGAAAACUGCAGUUCAGUGAAUUUAAGCACUGUUCUUCACACUAGUUUUGAUUUUCAUGUUUGUUUUUGCAAAGAAAAUUUGAAUCUUGAAAUUCUGCUAAUCAAUACUAGCAUCUGAACCCCUAAUAUUUUUGAAUGCAUUUCCUCCAUCCAUUGUUUUAAUGUGUUGUCUCUGUUUAAAGCAGACACAUUUGAUAUGAAUAUGUCAUUUUCUAGGCCUUAACAAAGCAUUCCCUUCCCUGGCUACUAUCCAGCCAAUACUUUGAGAUCAGGAAACUGUACUGGUGCAACAAGAAUUGUUCCACAAAGCCUUUAAUAGUAUUGUUUUCUUCCCCUGAAAUAUGAUUACUUUCCUGUGGUCGGCCAUGCACCUUUGAUCGAGCAGUUAGAAGCAGGAUUUCAGCCCCUGCUGUCACUGCUUGGUGACUGGCUUUCAGGUCAUCAGGAUCCACUCUGAGACAACUGUAGGAAUGAGACCCUCUGAGUUCCCUACCUCGGUGUAAAUCCACAGGCUGUCCCAUAUUACACUUUAGCACUGUUUUGUCAGUGUGUACAAGAAAGAGUCUCAUGUUCAAACUUCAGAACUGACCUGAAGGUACACAUGUAGUCUGUACAUGUGUAAAUUCAUGUUGCAAUUUCUUUUGGUAAAUGUGGGAAGGUCACCAAAUCUCACAUUGGCAGGUUAGUCCCUGAGCAAGUCUCACUCACCACCAGUGUAAUGGGUAGCAGCUAGCCUGGAUUGGAAGGGUCCAGCUACUGCUCAGGCUAAUGAAAGUGGAGCUGGAGGCAUUGAUCAUUGGGUCUUGUAUGAUUUAAUGCUGUAAUGCCUUUGCCCACUAGGUUAAAGCAGAAGUUUGUCAAUGGUCUUUGUUUCUCAUUUAAGGAACUGAAAUAGAAGUAACUAUACUCCGCUGUGUGAGAGAGCUGGCUUUGGCUAUCAGACUCUGCUCUUUUUCAGAAUGAUAAAACAGUAAUGGAGGUGAAGAGCAAGGGAUUUCUGUACAAGAGAAAACGAGGCAGGUCAAUUAAUUGGUAGCAAUGCAAGUUUAAACCAAAAAGGAAUUUGAAAGGCAUUCUGAAGAGCGGUCAUUGGACACUGAAACAUUAACUCUGCUUUUUCUCCACAGAUGCUGCCAGGCUUGCUGGGUUUUCCCAGCAAUUUCUGUUCAUGUGGCAAUGCAAUUCUGUCUUGAUCUGUACCCAAGAUAUUUAGUUUUCCCACUCCUCUGCCUGUGUCUGCCAAAUAACCAAAGGGAUGUUGGUACAUCAGGAAGGUGCAUUUCAAGACCAGAAUGAACCUAUCCAUAAACUCAUACACAAUCCACUGUCUUUUACUUUGUCACCUAUUAACAGCAGUGAGCUGACACAAGCUCAGUUGUAAUAAUCUUGUUGUGACUUUGAUUUCACUUCCAUUCACCAUUUUGUAAAAACACAAAAGUCUUCUGUCCAGUUUCUGAAUUGGUUGUAUAAAAAUGUGUAUUUUUACCUUUAUAAUCUUUUAAUACAAUUAUGUACUUUGAAGAGACUUUGGUGCAACGUAUAAGGGGUAAAUGUAUACACAAAGAUAAGUGCAAUACGUGUGGUACAUAGGAUGCAUUCUGUUAAAUAGUUGAUGCUUCAGAAAUGCACUAGUUCUAUAUGCUCUUGAUGUAUGUAAAAGCUGCUUUUUUUUACAAUUUGGUAAUUAAACAAUAGUGUUUUGUUUCUACAACAAAGAAAUGUAAUACACAUUACGGACCUUGUGAAGAAAAUUGCGCGCUAUGGUUACAGAACUGUGUAUUAUAAUUGUGUGAUGCUGCCUUUUUUUGUCAAUGUUACUCGAAAGGAGAGAAUCGGCAGUCUUCAGUACCUCAAGAGCAAGUUUUCGUACGAUGUUGAAAUAAUGAGAGUGACAUUUUUUUGAAUUACUCAGCAGACCUCUGUCCCAGACCGCUGGAGAAGUUGCUGCUGAGAUCGUGACAGUUUGAUAAGCAAUCUUUGUACUGUUAACCAAAGGAUAAUUUAAAUAGGUAAUUUACUUCAAGGAUCUAACUGAAUACAGUUCAUGUACUGGUCCAAACCCCAGUUUGAUUGAAUCAAGAAUAAAGGCUGUAGUGUUUUGAGCAAUAA